UUAGGUAAACAACAUAAGAAAAAUGAGAAUACCAUGGCUGAAAUCUCUGUAUGGCUUCACACCAUUCUCUUCUGACGCUUGCUGCCUCUUGCCGAUGACGUUUUAUUUAGGGGACGAUAGCUAGCUAGAAUCGAUAGCUAGCUAGCUAGAACGCUUCAAAAAUUUAUGUAUUAAUGUUUUACUUUGGUUUAAAGUCCCAAUCCCGCGUAGACUUCAAGUAUUUUUUCGAUAAUUUGCUGUGAAAUGUUGGUGACGUUAACUAGUUGAAUUAAUCUGUUAAUUUUACAGCGAUAGCUUGUAGGAAAUGAUUAGCUAGCUAGAGCCUGUUUUGUUGCUAGCUAUAAUAAUGGGGACAACAACAGGAAAAGGGGAUACCUAGUCAGUUGCAAAACUGAAUGUAUUCACCAGUCUAACGCAUAAUAUGGUAGUAAUGUUACUAGCUUAGCUAGCUAUGUUGACAUUGGUUUUUGGGUUGCCAAGAUAUCUGUAGUUUUAGGGUGAAGAGCUAAUAUGAUUGUUCUUAGUAAAAUUCAUAUUACUCAGUGUGUAUCUCUAGUUGACGCUCCAAGUGAGAGAGGCUUAGAGAUGUGGUCAUAUCAAUCAGAGAGGAAGAACUUAAGCAAUAACUUAUACUAGAGAAUCUUUGGCAAUACCAAGGUUUGGUGGCUUUUGAAUAGACUAGCUACAUAUCAUCUCAUAGAGCCUGAAGUUGGUGUCUAAAGUCACAGAGACAUCCAGGGAGAGCUGUGCCAAGAUGGAUAUCCAGUUGUCCAUCAGCUUCCUGAGGGACAGACUGGGCGGGGCCAUUGAGGAGGCAGUGCGUACAGCAGUGGAGUCUGUGCUGUGUGAGACUGUGCGUCUGUUAACCGGGCUCCAAGGGGACCAGCAGCAGGGACUCUCCUCAUUGACCCAGAGGGACCAGGACACCCUGGGACUGAAGCAGAGGUUAGAGGCCCCCAGUGGGGGUGACUGGAGGGUGCAGGCUGGGUCUUCAGAGGCAUUCUGUAACACAGGACCGAGGGGGGGUGGUGGGCGUGGCAACAUUAAGAAUCCAAUGGGUCAGACCACUUGCUCAACCUCCCAAGCAUCACAAAGGACCACCGUGGAGCCCCAUCCCCAGGAGGUGGUGGAGGACUGUGCUGGACUGCCUGACCCAUUUGACCUUGUGUCGGCUGGGCCAGUGAUGGUGGACUUUGAGGAGGGUCAGGGCAUGGGGAUCCCAGAGGAGUGGGAGCUGAUGAACAGAGUGUACAAGACUGAGCACAAUGAAGACAUGGCCCUUAUUGACGGGGGCGGUGCCACUCACUUUGCAGAUGACCACAGGCUGCAUGAAGGAGACCUGAGGACUGUGGCUGUGUCCGUGGAGGGAGAGAUGGCUGCCAAGCCCCAGGAUGCAUUGCACCCCUGCUUCAGCCCAGCCAACAUCAAAACAGAGCGGCCUGAUAUGGAGAGAUGCUGCAUGGCUGAGGAGGCCCUUGCUCUGCCUCUGCCUCAUCCUGCCAAUAGUGGUGUGGAGGCCGGUGAGUUUGGGCAGGAGCAGGUGGAGGCUGGUCCACAGGACUUUGUAGGUCGCCUGCGCCUGUGGCUGGAGCAGAUGUGUCCUGAGGUGGUGCGGGAGUACGAGAGGGAGGGCUGUCUGUGUGAGCUGUCCCGCAGAAAGCUCAUAAAGUUCUCCGUGUCCUUCAUCGUGGAGGAGUUUGGAUUCUACCCUACCUCUGCUCAGAAGACAAUGCUGGCAGAGCACAUAGUGGAACUCUUCCCAGGACUCAGACUCUGUGCACCUUCUGCUGGCAUCAAUGGCAUCGAACACUUGUACGACCCUUUGUCCCGUACGGGUUACAUUGAGACGCGCCUGCGCAACUCUCGACGCACCCUUGAAGACCACAAGAAGAAGUAUGUGCUGAAGAGGCGUCGGCCAGAACCAGGUCUGUUGGACCCCGCUGGACCUCGAUCGGGACCUGGGCUCCUGGAGAGCCAGUCCAGUGAGGAGACGCAGAGGUGGGUGGAGCUGAUGAAGAAAACCAGGCCCCUGACCAGGAAUCUGCCUGCCAUACACGGUGCUAUGGACCUCACAUUCAACGCACGCAGGAGGUGGAUCAGCAACACGCGGCCUAGUAUGAGGGCUGUGUUGGCUGAGUACCCACGUUUUCUUGAUGUACCCGCCACGAUUGACUUGGAGUUUGAGAGGAUGUUCCCAGGUAAAGGCCACUCUUUCCUUGCCCAGUGGUCGUCUUUCGUGUUGCCCAGGUUGUACCAGAUCGCAGAGUGCGAAAAACACCCAGACAUCUCAGCACUUCUCCAACUGGCUGCCACACAGCAAGGAGACUCCUACACCCUGACUAUGCUGAAGGUCCUGAUCUAUGUACUACCACCAACAAACACCAGUAGAGCCUCCUUACCCUCCAGGAACAGUGUCAGGCAGGCCAUUCGGUAUCUGGUGGACAUUGUACCGAUGGACACCGAGGUGUCCUCCUUAUUCUGUGACCCUACCUCCUUGGAGGGCCCAGAGUCUGCCUCCCACGCUCAGCCCUACAUAGUGAGCAUGGGGCCCCUGGAGGCCCCUGGCCGGCAGCUUUGCAUCGUGUUCCCCAUUGAUAGGAUGGCAAUCCCCCUGCCUCAGGAGGGCCUGAGCAAUGCACUGGACAAGCUUUUCAAGCUUCUGCGUGUGUUUCAACAGGGGUACCCAGAUCAGCUAGCCUCCCUGUAUAGCUUCCUUGAGCACCUCUAUGGGCUGGAGAUGACCCCACGAGAUAACCAUGACUCCCCCAGUGGCAAGGGAUCAAAAGUGCUUGAACUUUUAUCACGGCUCCACAUGCCCUCCUGACAGAAGGCGUAGGUCUACACAUGAAUUUAAUUCGCCCCACAGACUUAACUUUUCCUUUAUAUUUUUUUUGUAUUGCAAUGUUAUCAUAGCCAUCCUUUACAGAACAUGUCCUUUACUAUGUUCUGAAUUUUCCCCAAAAUAAAAAGUAUGUCAGAAUGAACUAAACAAUGCUGAUGGAACACUGGUGUGUUAUACAGUACCAGUCAAAAGUUUGGACACUUACUUAUUCAAGGGUUUUUUGGUAUUUUUACUAUUUUCUACAUUGUAGAAUAAUAGUGAAGACAAACUAUGAAAUAAAAUAUGGAAUCGUGUA